GGUGGGUGGGAGGAGGUGGUGGUGCCACCGCCCUGCGCUGGGGGGGGGGGGGGGCUCCGCAGCGGCAGCCGCCUCCUCAUGUCACAAUGCAGCCGGGCCGGGCCAGAGGCCGCCCCCCUCAGUCGCCCAGACGGCGCACGGGCCAGGCCGGGCCGGGCCCCCCGCCUCGAUGGGAGCGGUGCCCAGCAGCAGCAGCAGCGCCAACGGCCGCCGCCCCGGCCCAGGCCCGCCUCCGCCCUCCUCCUCCGCGCCUCGGAAUGGCCGCCGGGCUGCUGCGGAGGAGGAGGCGGGCUCGGAGGGAGAGGCGGAGGCGGAGCGUCGUCAGGGCGGGGAGAGCCGCCGCCUCCUCAGCCGCAGCCCCGCCGCCUCGGCCGCCAGCAUGGAGGGCUUCCUGGGAGGCUGCCGGGCCGCCCUUCAGGUUGCCAAGGGGGUUCCUUGUUGCCCCAGAAUUCACAGAUGCCCUCUUCCCCUGGAAAUGGCGUUUCAUCCGCAGAGCCACCACCCCAUGGCGGCCUGGGGUUCUUUGGGUGAACAUGUCCGGAGCAACCGAGAAGUCCACGUGGUGAUGGGGAACGAGUCUUGUGAUCUCGACUCCGCUGUGUCUGCUUUGGCCCUCUCGUACUUCUUUGCCAAGACGUUGCUUGACUCAAAGGCGGCCUUUAUACCUGUCCUCAACAUCCCCCGCUUGGACUUCCCACUGCGGACAGAGAGCACCUUCCUCCUCAAGCAGCAGCACAUCCCUGAGAGUGCCCUCAUCUUCCGGGACGAGAUAGACCUCUUCGCCCUGCACCGAGCUGGUCUCCUCUCCUUAACUCUGGUUGACCACCAUGUCCUGCCCAGCAGGGACGCAGACCUGGAGGAGGCGGUCGUCGAGGUAAUAGACCAUCGUCCCCUGGAGCGGGAGAGGGGCCCGUCAUGCAAAGUCACUUCAGAACUGGUGGGGUCGUGUGCCACACUGGUGACCGAGAGGAUCCUGCAGGGAUCCUGUGCCGAGGCACAGGUCCUGGACCGGCAGACGGCAGCCCUCCUGCAUGCAACAAUAGUGCUCGACUGUGUCAACAUGGCUCCUGAGGCAGGCAAAGUGACUCCACGGGACACCCAUUACGCUUCGCUUUUGGAAUCGCAGUUCCCGGACUUGCCCCCGAGAAGUUCCAUCUUUGAGGCUCUCCAAACUGCCAAAUUUGAUGUUUCAGGGCUCACCACAGACGAGAUGCUUCGGAAGGACCUUAAGACACUCUCGGGGAAAGAAGUCACCAUCGCUCUGAGUGCCGUGUAUAUGAAUCUGAAGGCUUUUUUGGGCCGUCCCGGUUUGGAGCAAGAGCUCCGUGCCUUCUGCCAGCAGAGAUGCUACGACGCGCUGCUCGCCAUGACCAUUUCUUUCAACGAGAGCAAGGAGCCCUUCAGGCAGCUUGCCGUGUACAGCCAGCAGGCUGAACUUCGGACGGCGGUGUGUCAAGCCUUGGAGCGCUCUAGCCACCCCUCCCUCGACCUCUCCCCGCUCACAAGCCCCUUCCCCACCGUCCUCGCCUACGACCAGGGCAACGCCACCGCCUCCCGCAAGAAAGUGCUCCCCAUCGUCCGAGGCUUCCUCAGGCAGUGGGGCCAGCAGGAUCCCGCCCGCCCCGCCAUGCAACCGGAGGGCAGGGGCAGCCGCUGCCACGAGGCGGGAUCCGAGCCCAAAGGAUCCUCGGGGCGCGGGGCCGAAAGCCACGGCGUGGAGUGUGGCUCGACGGGCGGAAAGGACCCCACCAAGUGUCACCGGAUGGGGGAGGACUUGGCGGACGAGGACGCCCUCCUGCCGCCCACGCCCAUGAACAGCCUUGUGGAUGAAUGCCCCCUAGACCAGGGGCUGCCGAAGCUCUCGGCGGAGGCCGUCUUUGAAAAGUUCAACCGCAUCGCGAUGGCGCGCUCCUCCCCGGACGGCAGCCCCCAAAAGAAGUGAUGGAGAAAAAGCAGCACGGCCGGAAGGCUCUGAAUUCUGGGGGACUCCGCCACAAAGGACGUGUGACUGUGUGUGCGUGUCUGUACGGAAGGGUUAGGAAUUCCUUGCUCUGGAAAUUAAACACAUGGUACAUUUUCUCUACCCAACUCUGCACGGUUGCACGAUGGGAUUCUUUGCCGCUAACAGGAGGCGGCGUUUUUUCGUGAGGGGUGCUUUAAAACUGUGUUUCUGGGGCUGCUGGCCUGUGGACCAGAUCCAAGAGGUCUUUAUUGUGUGUCUCCUCGUGGGGGUCUCGGCUUGGGCCUUCCCCCCAAAUAGUCCCUGAUGUCUCCAGGCCACCGUGAGGGGGGGCUGUGUAGGCCUUGAGUUCUGCCUGUUGUGGGCCCUGGUGGGGCCCAGAUGGCACACCGGAGAGGGGGUUGAAGCUAGGGUAGGUGGCAGUGGGGUGGGCAGUGGGGCCCAGUUCAUUUAAUUUUCUAGAUUGGGGGGGUGGAGAGUAACCUGAGAAGGCCGGGUGAGCAACAACCUUCAAGAGAGGCUGGCUUCUGACACCGCACAGCCAUGACACCACACAACAGCCACAAUUUAUAUAUCGCUUUUCCACCAAUGUUUCCAAAGCGGUUUACAUAGAGAAACAACAAACAAAUCAAUAAGGCGGCUCCCUGUCCCCAAAGGGCUCAUAAUCUCACACAGCCAUGAAGGGCACAGAGCAGGAAACAGGCCCCUCUCCUCCGAGGGACACGAUCCACAGCACAUUCUCCCGGGCAAGGACCACAGAAUGGCUGCUUGCGCAGGAAAACCUGCCCAGUGGAUUGUUCCCCAACAAUAACCGCGCUGGAGAUGGACAGAUCCAGUUUGAUCUUUACCCUGGCAACUGACCCAUUAUUUUUAAAAAAAUCCUACAAACGCAUGCAUGUGUUAAUUCCUUGCACAGCAUCUUCACCAGCAUGUGCGCCUGGCCACCGAAUGCGCUUCCUUCCUCUCCCAGCGUUGCACAUGUGUGUCGACUGCUGUGGUGGUAGAAUAAGCAACUGUGUGGGAUGCACACAGAGUGCACCCCUUCAGAGCCAUCCCAAAAUAUGGGCGACAGUUUAAAACGCCCCUCUCCAUCCACCUUCCAGCGCACCAGGUCCUUUAUCAGUUUGAAAAACAAGACUCCUGUGUCUUCAGACCUAUAUUCUGGUCAUUCGCACCAGUGCACAUCUUUAGUAGAGCUUGAAAUACUGGGUUUUGGCACCACAAAUGCCCGCUGAGGUUCCUGCAAGCAUCAUAUGCAGGGGAGGGAGACCCUGUUGGUUAGUGGUUGGGUUUUGGUUCGAAGGAUGAAAGCCCAGCCUUUGCUCUGGAGGGUGUUUCCAGUGCUGCCUCCCAGUGUAACAAAAUGUUUCGAGUUGUUCAGAGGGGGGCACUUUUUUGUGUAAAGGGGGCUUUGUUGCACGUUUUGGUCAGGAAUACUAUUCUGACGACUAACUUGGAGUUUCUCCAUCAGGCCCAUUUCAGGAUUAAGGUAGGGGUCUGUGUGUGUGUGUGUGUGUGUGUGUAUGCGCACAUACGUGCAUGUGUGUACAGUUAAAAUGGAUUUAUUCUUUCAGGGAAGGAAUAAAAACAAAGGACCCUACCACCAUCACCUGGCUGCACAAGAGUUUCUUUCUGAAGCUAUUACGAUACGAUACGAUACAAUGAAUCUCUCAUCAAUAAGAUAUGAUUAUGUUAUUAAACAUGGGCUGAGCAAUCUAA